CGGGCUGGCCGCGGGCUGCCUCCGCGUCACGGGGAUACGGGAAUCUUUAAAGUGAGCCGAGCAUCUCGGGGCAGAGCGGUGUGGCGAAGAGGAAGGGGCCACGGGAGGUGCCUGCCGUUUGGAUAAUUUCUGUCCUUGCCUACGAGUCCUGUGCAGCGGCACUCUCGCCUGUGUGUGGCAUGUGGAGCUGGGGUUUUAUAUGGCACUUGCAAUCCAAGCGAGGUCACACUUCCUUUUUUUAAAAGUCGUUGCUUUGUGUACAGUAUAUUUCUCUCUCUUUUUUUCCUAUCUGGUAGUGGGGUGGGCCAAGAGGGACGACUGUGGCACCGGAGGGCAUGUUUACUUGUGCAGAAGUCUUUCUCAUGUGGAAGCACGCUGCUCCCUAACUCCUGGCUGAGCAGACUUCACAAACUUUGCUGCUGUACAGCACGUGUAACUCCUUGAUAGGAUGGCAGACAAAAGAACAGCUGGUGCAAAGCAAUAGGGGAUUUUUGUAGCAAGAAGGAGAGAGAAAAAAAAAAAUCACAAACCUUUCACCCACACCAUUGGCAUCCGACGAUUGUCAGCGCAGCAGUUGUGACCGGACAAGCUGAAGCCACCAUGCGCAGGUCUAGCACGGAUGAGUCGACCUAUCACAGAAGCCCUUCCCUGGACAGCAAGGAUUACAGUUUCCCAAAUGGCACCUUUCGUCGCUACAGCAGCAUGUAUGGUGGCCAGUUUGGAGCUGCCAGCAACUCUUUUUUUGGAUUCCACACCAACCCAGGCCCUAAGGCCGCCAAGGCUAAGUACACAUCCCCCAAGGGAAACAAGUACGUUGUCUUUUACCUGGAUCUCUCAUUUAUUUUUCUCCUAGAACUGAAGAGGUGCAGCAUGGCUCACAACUGCCUGCAGUGUAUAAAGUACCUAAUGUUUGUCUUCAACCUUCUCUUCUGGUUGGGAGGCUGUGGAAUCCUUGGAGUAGGCAUCUGGCUGGCUGUUACCCAAGGGAACUUUGCCACCCUCUCCUCUUCUUUCCCAUCCCUGUCAGCUGCCAACCUACUGAUCGUCACAGGGACAUUUGUCUUGAUCAUUGGCUUUGUGGGCUGCAUAGGUGCCAUCAAAGAAAACAAGUGCCUCCUGCUGAGUUUUUUUAUCAUGCUGUUAAUUAUAUUUCUGUUGGAGCUCACUGUUGUGAUUCUGUUCUUCGUUUACACCGACAAGAUUGACAAGUAUGCUCAGCAGGAUCUGAAGAAAGGGCUUCAUUUGUAUGGGACAGAUGGAAAUAUUGGCCUAACGAAUGCAUGGAGCAUCAUUCAAACAGAUUUCAGAUGCUGUGGAGUCUCCAACUACACUGACUGGUUUGAAGUGUACAAUACAACACGUGUGCCAGAUUCCUGCUGCUUAGAAUUCAGUGAGAACUGUGGACUCCAUUCUCCAGGGACCUGGUGGAAAGCACCUUGCUACGAAACGGUGAAAAUAUGGCUCCAGGAAAACUUACUAGCAGUGGGAAUCUUUGGAUUGUGCACAGCUGUUGUGCAGAUUCUUGGACUCACCUUUGCAAUGACCAUGUAUUGUCAGGUAGUGAAGGCAGACACGUACUGUGCAUAGAUACCUUUCCCAAUCUUUCCGCUCCUCCUACAAAGGACACAGGAAAAAUCUCCUUCAUGCUCAUUCAUCUGACCUUUUUUUUUUUCCAUUUGUACUAUAAACUGUACAUAAUGCUAUAUUUCUGAAGAUUUUGUGAAUUACCCCCCUUUAUUGAAGAAGGAAAAAAAGAAACUAUAAGUACUUGAACUGACACAGGUAAGAAAGAAGCAGCCUUGUCUUUAAAAAGAAGAAAACUUCCAAUGAAGUUGCACAAAGAGCAAUGGUUCCUUUUCCAUGGGCAAGGCAAAGAAAGCUGCUUAUGAAGGGCUGAUCUUCAAAUGGAUGUUAGGAAAAGAUUGCACUGAGGCAACCUCUGUGAAAUGUCCUGGGUUGUCUUCCUGCAUUUCAUGGUCUGGAAGAGAGGGUGUAGAAUUGAGUAUUCUUCAGCAUGAAAAGAGGGUACAGCAUGGCUAGCACUGUAAUUUUACUACAGUUUGCACACAGGUAAAAUGUCAAGAUGGGGCAGCUCUGCCUCCAAGUAUCUCAAUAUGAUUUUGUAGCCAGGAGAGGAUCAUCUUCAGAAAUGUUUUUUUUUAAGGAGUAUUUUUUAAACUUGGCCACUGCCAAGUCAGACUUUUAAUCAGAAUCUGCACAGUGAGAUCUGGCUGUUGAGGGAAAACAAUACUGGACAUUGUCUCACUAAUUGCCAGUGGCAUAUAGAUGGUUGACUGUAUAUGUAAUAUAUAUUACAUUCAUAAACACAUACUGUUCUAAAAGAAGGUGAAAAUACCCAGCAUCUAACUUCAGAAAGAGGGAACCUUUCUAUCUCAUUUUACAUUCCAAUUGAAAAAAACAAGUAGUAUUUCUUGUUGGAGGCACCAUCACUUAUACCUCUGGGAAACAAAUAAUUACUUUCAGCUGUAUCUUCAUUUCAGUAAACAACCUGUGAGUGGGUUCUCUCUGUCACUUUACUAUGAUUUUAUUUUUUAUCAUCCCGGGUUCAAGUUAGUCUGCCAGAAAGUAUCACUCAUUUCCACACUUGAAGAUCUCUACAGACCUGUCAGCUGUUCCUUUUCCUGAAUGUCACCACUUCAUUAACGUACUUUGGGAUAUCAUCAUCUGCAGGUAUGAUAGAGUUUGCCUUGCUGAGGAAAAAUCUUUUGCACAUUGCUUAUUUUUCUGGGAGUUAUUAAGACUUCAGAUGUCUUUAUGCUUAGCUGUUUGCAUUUUGGUUUUUUUUCAGCUGCAUGCUAACAGCUAAGACACAUCAGUCUUUGUUAGAACUAGAGUUAGCUCUCAGUUCUGUUUUUUUCAGACCCAUCUCGACCUGGCUGUUGGAUUGAAUAUGUGCCACGCUUCCCGGAAUUAGCAGAAAUCAAAAUCAUAACUUUCCUUAGGCAAAAAUGAGCCACCAGUUUUCUGAUUUCCCCACCCUGCAUUGGUAACACAAGUAAUGUAGUACCAUUCUGUGCACAUCUUCUAUGGUAAGGUUAAGAAACAGAUGUUUCCUAUUGUACAAACAAAUUAUUCUCCAUCAGCAAGAAACCCCAGAUAAUGCACAUGUGACAGUGAGAAGCUGAAGCACUCCAGGGAAACAGAACAACAGGGAAUAGGCAAACGGAGCAAUGCAACAUGCAACUGGGCUCCUCCCUGCAGCCAGCCCAGUCUUUGAGGACCGCUCAGCCACUGACAAGAGAUCAGAGACAACCUUAGUGCCCUUUUUUCCCAGAAAUCUCAAUGCAGCCAUUACUACUGGGGCAGAUUAGAAGCAUGCAUCAAGUUUAGGGGGGACGGGGGGAAAAGUUAUCCUGUACUUUUUGCAGUUAAAACAGCACCUUUCAGCCAUGAGUGACAUUUUCCUUACUCUGAUUUAAAGGCAAUUUCCAGCAGUAAAGGUAGACUUGCUGAGCCACAGCCUAUUGAACAAUCUCCUUGACAUCUCGACCUGCACCAUUGAUAAAUACUACACUCAUUGCUCAGGUUUUGUUGUGGUGUUUUGUUUUUUUUUCCUCUUUGCUAAUUUCCUGCAGACAUGAUUGUAGGGGUGCCCUAAACAGGGCCAGGAGUUGGACUUGAUGAUCCUGAUGGGUCCCUUCCAGGUCAUCAUAUUCUGUGAUUCUCACCCUCAGGCCCAAACUACUCUAUGUUUUGUGAGGAAGUGCUUAGGACAGUCUGGUGUCUGAAAGAGCAAGUAUCUCCCAAAAUCUUACUCUGCACCUUUAUGCAUCAACCUCUGUAGCAUGGGACAUUCUGUAGUGCAGGCUAAGUUGAAAGUAAUGUACUAUUUGUAUGCUUUUAUGUGGUUUUCCAGUCACUAUUAACAGCAACCUCACCACCACUAAAGGUUUUUACUACCAUGCUAACAAGCCUUGACAAUCGUUAAUAGACCUUGACCCAAGACAGAGGUUAAGCUGAGAGACUAGCACACACACAGGUACCCUGUACCCCAAGCAAGAAACAGUCUUGGUGUUAGGAUCACCAAUUUCAAUGCUCUGUGCUCCUGAGCCCAGUCUGCUCUCUCAACAGUCCUGCUCUUCAAAAGAUGGUGUAAAUUUGUUCCUUCCCUCUCUCCACUCUGUUCCUUUCUUACCUGCAUAGACAUGAGUCCAGGUUAGAUCUACCAUUAAUUCUUGACGUUGUUUAUAGUUUGUACACACAGGUCCUCCUGGUGACAGCUCAGAGUUUCCACCACUGAAAAGCAGCAUAACCCAGUGAUUAAUGCAUUAAUAGAACAUUGAUUUUUAAGAAAUAUAAAAGGUAGACAAGUCUAUUUGUAGUGAUCCCUGCCACUAAACAUUAACACAGAGAUAGCAGGCUUAUGAAGGCUUAGUGGGUAAGAGCAAACCUUUGUGCAAGUGUGCUUCCUGAGGGGGCAGCUGUCAUCAGUUUGCCUGGUGUUUCUGUAAGGAGAAGAGAGAUCACAAACCCUCAUCCUGUGAGUCUCUCAGUAAUAUGGCAGAGUAAUAGAGAAUAAUAGAGAAGACUUCUAGACUUCAGCUAAAUGUAUAGAGGAAAUAAAAAUGUGAAAUGAAGACUGAAGACAAGUCACACUUUGUGGUUCCCUCUAAUGGUUUUCCACAGUUCAGGUGUCUUUACAAGUUAAACUGCCUGAGUUUUAAAAAACACGUAUCUAGAGGGAGUAUGAGCAAUACUCACUUUGCAGAUCCCAGCCACUGCAACAGAAACAUACUGCACUAACUGCUGAAAAGAAAGGAAACAAAAACCAGACCACAUAUUGCUGCUAAUAAUUCUUUCUUUAAACACUACCCCUACACUGCCAAAUGAGAUACUACUGCAACUUGUUUAUACUAUGACCUGGACUAUUUUCUGUAUUUGAUGUUACUAACUUUCUUCACACAGGCUAAACAGAUGUUCUGCUUCUUCAAGCAUUACCAGCACAAUCCAAUUUCAAACCUUGAAUAUACUGCAUCUAAGAAGCCACAGAUUUAUCACAUUUUCUUUUUUAAAUAAUUGCAUCCUUUCUCUGGUGACAAGCUCGUAAUAUUUUCUGAUAUGUAAUAAUAAUAAUAUUUUUAAAAAUAUUGUUUCAUAUUAUGCAUAAAACUUCAUGUUGAACUGGUUGGUUAUAAAUACUUUGUAGUAUAUAAUACCCAUUUAAAAGGCUGAUUAUAUGCUAUAUAUGCAGAGCAACACAGAAGUAAUUCUCACGGCUUCCAUUAGUGUUUUAUUGCUUUUAGAGAAGUCUUUUAUGUUAUUUUCACUUCUUAUCUUUAAACAUUAUGGAAGAUUCAAUACAUUUAAAUUAAAGACAUAACAAAGGCAAUAAAGACAUUGAAGGAGAGCA